CGGCCAGCGGCUACAGAGGCCCCUUAAUAUAGCCUUUGCAUCCUCUUGCUGUGCUUCAUAAUGCGGCCCAAGAUGCGCUUUUUGGCAUGCUGCAUGAUUGUCGACUCCCAAGAUGCGUAGGAGAUUGUUGGCGUUGGCCGCUCCCCUGAUCGUGGGCUUCAUCGUCGCAACAACUCUGUUUAUGGGGCGAGAUCGAUUUGCGCGGCCUCUGUUUCUGCAUGACGCUGAUGAUGGACUCUUAAAGAUACCUGAGAUAAAGCCUGUCGUUGAUGGUGCCAUCUUGCCGGCCGCCAACAUCACCCAAUAUCUCGAUGCGAUCCUGACGACACGUCCCUCAACGUUACCAAACCUAAGAUGCCCCUCACUCAACAGCACUACGCGAUACAGCGCGCUCAAGAGCAAAGACCCCUCCGACCCAGCUAUUCAAUACUUCUUCGCCCUCAACCUGCGACAAAACUUGCCUUUGCUACCCCGGCUGAUAGGCAGCAUUGUCGAGGCAAUUCGCUUUCUCGGUCGAACGCAAUGCGUACUGUCUAUAGUUGAAGGCAACUCUCCAGAUGGUACCGCUGAUGUGCUUGCUGCUCUGCGGCCAGCGCUCGAGAAUAUAGGAGUCACAUAUUAUUUUGAGUCAUCUACGAUCGAUCCGAGCAAGGAUGAUCGCGUGGGGCGCCUUGCACAGCUUCGAAACAGGGCAUUGGCGCCGCUGUUCGACUUGCACGACAAGGUGACAAGCAGCACAACCGUUAUUUUCCUCAACGAUGUAUCCGCAUGUCCCGAGGACAUCCUCGAGCUUGUCCAUCAAAAAAGGGCCCUCGGUGCUGAUAUGACAUGCGCCAUGGACUGGACAUAUGCUGGCGAACACCCCACCUUUUACGAUGUGUGGAUUGGCCGCACAAUCAAUGGCGAUUCCUUCUUUGAAAUCCCUCCAGACGGGAAUUGGGACUCGGCAUGGAAUCUCUUCUGGAACGCUGACGAGACUCGAGAUCGCUUCUCCAGGAAUCGCCCCUUUCAAGUGUUUUCUUGCUGGAACGGCGCUACGGCAUUCACAGCCCAGCCCGUUCUGGAAAAGACGGUACAAUUCAGGGCAGCGAAUGAAUCCGCCGGCGAAUGCAGACAAGGCGAGCCACAGUUGUUCUGCAAAGACCUCUGGUUCAAAGGUUAUCGCAAAAUCGCCGUCGUUCCGUCCGUGAACCUCGAGUACUCUGUGGAAAAAGCAAAGAAGAUCAAGGAAUCCAAGGGUUAUACAUCUGACUUGGUGUCGAAGCAAGAUGCUGCAGACGAUAAAAUAGAUUGGCGGCUUGACCCGCCAGACAUGGUGAGGUGCAUGCCUACUUGGACGAACCAGUAUUGGCAGCCGUGGAAUGAGACUUUGAAGCCAUAGGUGCGGUGGGAUACCCCGCUGUUUGUAUUAUUUUCUUUUUCUUUUAUUUCUGCGGUUCCGUGUGCCUCAAUGCGAUGCCUCAAUGCGAUGGAGGGGGAAAAGGGCGUCAAUUUGGAUAUAAUAUAGCAUUGUAUAUAACGAGCAUAUAAUGAAAACGGCAAUCUUCAUUGCCUCUACUUAUUCACCAG